GAGAUCACUACCGCCGGAGAAAGAUGGACGGCGAAAUGGGCGAGGACGUGCUCAGUGAGAUCCUCGUCAGGCUCCCGCACAAGUCGCUGGCGCGGUUCCAGUGCGUGUCCACCCCCUGGCGCGCCCUCAUCGCCGCCGACCACCUCCGCCGCAGGCUCCCGCUCAUCACGUCCGGCGUGCUCUUCCACGACGAAACCGGCGGGAGGCAGGCGUACACGUACGCCUGCGCCUCGCCGUCGUCAUCCCCAGGCGCAACCAACGACGGCGUGCCGGAGGCCGACGACAUGAGCUUCUUCCCGUGCCACGGCACGUCGAGCAUCAUCGACGGCUGCAACGGCCUCAUCCUCUACUACUCAUCAUCACCGCAGCCGACGUUCCACGUCGUCAGCCCGACGACGCGGCGCUGGGCGGCGCUCCCGGCGCCGAGGAAGAAGACGCUGCUCUCGGUCCUGUCCUUCGACCCCUGCGCGUCCCCGCACUACAAGGUGGUCUGCUUCACCGGGUGGCUCCCCCGCGGCGCGUCCGUGGAGGUGUUCGACUCCGAGCGCGGCGCGUGGCGCGAGCACGACGAGCUCAACUUCGGCCUCGACACCGACGCCAUGUCGGCCACCAUGCACUGCUUCGGAGGCGCCGUCCACGUGCUAGCCUACUCGGGCCACGUCGUCCGCAUCGACCUCGCCACCAUGGCGUGCGCGGUCACCGCGCUCCCGGCGCCCGUCAGCUACCGCGCGCGCGCGGGCCACUGCCGGGGCCGCCUCCGGUACGCGUCCAGCGACGGCUCGCGCCUCAGGUUCUGGGAGCUCGUCGACGCGGGCAGGUCAGAGUGGGCACUGAAGCACGAGCUGGGGAUCAAAGACCUCGUCCCCGGCGGCUCGUCCCUGCAGGCCACUACCACUCCGACCUUCCUGUUCAUGGCGUUCCACCCGGACAGGGAGGUGGUGUACCUGUGGACGCCCGGGAAGCUCGUGGCGUUCAACAUGGAGCAGAGGCGCGUGGAGGAGGAGCGGGUGUUCGGGUCGGCCAAGGAAGGCGCGCAGCUCAUACAAAUCUGGUUGUUUCCCUUCUCGCGCCAUCUCGCUAGCUGCUUGGCCUGAUUGGCGCUACCACCACACUGGUCACGGGGCGAAAGGCCGACAAUCCGAACUGUGCGUGAUGGUGCGUCCGUGAUACAGUCUGCACGAAUUAUGU